CUAAUUUAGACUUUUGAAAAAGCGACAUUUUAAGAUGGAUAUGUUUCCGGCUAAUACCACCGGAAUAGACGCGGCGGAGGUAAAGAUUUAAGGAAAGUUCUCUCCUUUUUUUUACCCCAAAGGCAUAGCCUUUUUUGAGUCAAAUGGAGUCUCGAGAAUCUUCCGAUGGAGAAGACGAACAGAUUGUUCAAGUCCGAGAAGCUUUAAUGUGUCUCGCCGGCAAAAGAUUCGAGGGUUUACGAACCGCGAGGUUCCUCAAACACACCACCAUGUCUAUCGACGACGACGUUUUCGACCUCCCUCUCGACGCCUUUAUAUGCCGACCCGAGUCCGUUGAUCCGGCCAAGAUUUCGUUUCCGGGCUGGGCCUCUCCGUCUCCGAACUGGGUCGAGUGGGUGGACGCCAUGGCGGAGAGGCACGCCGCCGUGUGGAGGAAAGCAGGUGUGUACGAUGCGAUCUUGGCGUCUCGGUAUGAGAUCAAGAAGCAAGAGGAGUUGAUGAUGGCUUUGGUGGAGAAAUGGUGUGUCGAGACGAACACGUUUGUGUUCCCUUGGGGUGAAGCCACGUUGACGCUUGAGGAUAUGGUUGUUCUUGGCGGGUUCUCUGUGGUUGGGAACAACGCUAUGGCUCCGGUUAAGAGAGAGGAGAUGAAGGAGGUGGAGGAGAAGAUGAAGAAGGCGAAACGUGAGAUUGAGGGUGAGUUGGUGGUGGGGAAGAAGUGUAGUGUUGGGUUGUGGAUGAAGGAGAUGAUGAAGUCAGGGAGUGAGAUUGAGCAUGAGGGGUUCUUGGUUACAUGGCUGUCACGUUUUGUGUUUCCUAGCUCGGCUGAUUUGGUGAAUGAUAUGUUGUUUCCGGCUGCGGUUCAGCUUGCUAAAGGGGUUACGUUGGCUCUGGCUCCGGCGGUUUUAGCGGGGAUUUACCGCGAUCUCGGUCUUUUGAAGGAGGUUCUUGCUGGUUACGGUGAGAAAGAGACGGUUGUGGUGAAGUCUCCGUUACAGUUUGUGCAGGUUUGGGCUUAUGAGAGGAUCAUGGAGUUGCAGCCACCGGGUCAGCCAGGUCAGUUGAAUCCCGGUGAGCCGCGGAUGGCCCGUUGGCACCAACAUGGUGGCGGUCAGGAUCUGUAUGGCUACCCUGAGAAUGUUAGAGCGGUUUUGGACUCGACCAAAGAGAGUUUUGACUUUCGUCCUUACACAAAGCCUCUGAGCAACUUCAAGUUCCCAAAGUUUUACAUGGAAGAUAACUGUUGGGUGCAUCUGCACUCUGAUGACAAGAACAUUGUAGCCUUUGGUCGGUGUUUGAGGUUCUGUAAACUUGUUGGUGUGAAUUGCAUUGAGCCUUAUUACCCUCAUCGUGUGGCAUUGCAGUUUGGUUAUGACCAGGAUGUUCCCGGUGUGGUUUCAGCUAGGAACGAGACUCCGGAACUGGCUUGGAAAGACUAUAUCCGUCCCAUUGCUGGUGAUAUGAUGUACGUUCCUUCUCGGGUCAGUGAUGGUGAGGUUACCGUUAGGUACAUUCGGUGGUGGAAGCUUUCGUUUGCAAUGUUGCAGUCCGAAGCUAAGAAAAUUUCUCACAAGCUUCUGGCUUCACCCCCGAGGCAGAAACCAACAACUACAACAACAGCUGCGACCAAGGUAAGAGAAACAAAAACAAAGAAAGGGAGUCUUGGCCGUAGUAGCUCUUCGGGGAGCCUCAUAGGAUCAGAGAAAGGUGAUAAGCAUCCUUUAAAGAGGCCUGAAUGGGUCCAGAGAUCGCCACCCGGGUGGAAAAAGAGUCCUGAUAGAAGCUCGAGCAGUGCACUAGGUGGUGGUGGUGCUAAGGAUCUUAAAGGAGUUCUCAGGGGCUUAGGGAGGACUAAGGGUCAGGGCCAUGUCACAUUUCAGCUUCCUAGUCCAUCACCCAAAAGCUCUCCUCCAUCCAAGACAAAUACUCCUUUGGAAAAGCAAAACGAUUCUCAUGUCAAGAAGCCAAGAAUGAUACCUCGGGUAGCAGACUUAGCCAAAAGACCGAGCUCGUCUUCUCAGGUUCCACAUCCUCAUAGGCGAGAUAACUAUAACGAUUCCUCAAGUCGGCAAGCUUCAAAAGAACCAUACAAGGCGCCAUCUUUGUCUGGCUAUCCUCCUUCAAAGAGGAAGAAGUCACCAAGAUCUCUUGAUAUUGUCAACUCGCCUGGUCAGAAAAGUUCUCUAAGCCCGCAGCAAGGUUCAAAAGAAUCUCCCAAGUCACCAUCUGUUUCUGGUUCUUCUUCUUUAACAAGGAGGAACUUACCAAGAUCUCAAGAACUGAACAAGUCAUCAUCAUCUUCUCUUGGCUCUCUUUCUUUGGCGAGGAAGAAGCCACCAAGAUCCUCAGAAAGUGGUAACUCAUCAUUUGGUGGAGGCAGUUCCGCUCUCAAGAGAAAUACUGACGUAAGCACCAAACAAGAAUCACCUAGGAAAGCUCAGGAACUCAAGGCUACUAAUGUGAAGUUUUUGGAGGAGAUUGUGACACUGCGGGAACACGUUGGUGAAGAAGGGGAAGUCACAUAUCAUAUACCAAAACAACAGUUUGAGGAUCUAAGCCAAGGAGUCCAAGAUGUUCUACAUGAUCUGCACUCUAUUAAAUCCGCAUUGAACAUACAAGACGAUGAUGAAUAGCUAUAUAUGACUGGCUUUUACCGUUGGUUCUAACCGAGUCUACACUACAACAACAAAAGACAUUUAGUUUCUUACUUGACGUAUAUAAAGACCUAUGUUUAGAAGACUGAUCUAAUCCACUUAUCAAAGAUGUGCUUAUC